AUGCACAUUCUGUUGAAUUUGUUGAGGAUUGAGAAUUCCACCUCAUCACUCCGACAGCGAAUUGAGGGCCACGAUUCAAUUCUAUUCGUUUUGAUGGUUUUCAAAGAACGGUUUGUACAGUUAUUGCCGGAUAUUAUCAACGUCGCUACGGUAGCAGAGAGUUUGGAAAGCAGUGCGGAAAAAAGUUUGCUGGAAUGUGGCAUUGAGCCCGGUGGCCUGUUCAGUCGCUAUGAAGCUCGGAUUCUCUGCGAAAAUACACCUGAGCUCAACAAGCUGCAGUCAGUGGAAAUCAAUGCACUUUUUGAUCGAGCAGACAGUGAGCACGUUGGACGGGUUACUCUUGCGCAAUUUCUUGCUCAGUAUCACCACCAGAAGCGUCUAAGCGAAGAAGUGAAUUUUAUCACGGAAACUUUCAUGCCGUCGGUCAAUUUAUUUGAAGCACUGGAUUCUUCCCGCACGGGGUUAGCAGUAUUCCUAUUCAGAAUUUAA